AAAUGGAAAGGAGAAAUAUCUGCAGAGAGGGUUUUUGCUGAUAAACCCUAGUUAAGCACUCAAGGUCAGUUAUUCCUUGAAUCCCAUUUUCCCUUCUUAUGAUCAUAGGCAUAUCAGUUGUAAUGUGAAUUCUGAUGUAUUAUGAUAUACUUUUCAUGUGAUUUUCGCCAAGAGUUCAAGAUUAAUUAUGGAACCAAAAUUCUUAAUUUCAUCGCAUAAAGCUUCACCAUCGGUUAGCGCUCUUCCAUUCUUCCUCUCCUGUAAUUCAUCAUUACUUCAAAAACCCAAGUCUUGUUUAGGUUUCCCUUUCUUGUUGUCCUGUGAAAAGUUGAAAAAGACUUCAUUUUUGGGUCAAAAUUUAGUCUUCCGAGAAAAUAAUGAUUGUUACGCAAAUUUGAGGACUCAUUUUCCUGUUGUAAGAGCUGGUCCUGUGAAGAGGAGGAAGGAACUUCCCUUGGAUAAUGUGAUUCAGAGGGAUAAGAAGCUCAAAUUGGUUUUGAAGAUUAGGAAGAUUUUGAUGAGCCAGCCGGAUAGGAUUAUGCCCCUUCGGGAUCUGGGACGGUUUAGAAAAGCCUUGGGACUACAGAAAAGGAGGCGGUUUAUUGCUUUGUUGAGGAAAUUUCCUGCUGUGUUUGAGAUUGUGGAAGAAGGGGUUUAUUCGCUUAGGUUCAAGUUAACCCCUGAGGCGGAGAGGCUUUACCUUGAGGAGAUGAAGAUUAGGAAUGAAAUGGAGGAUUUGUUGGUUGUUAAGUUGAGGAAAUUGCUAAUGAUGUCGAUUGAUAAGAGGAUUCUUUUGGAGAAGAUUGCCCAUUUGAGGAGUGAUUUAGGGCUUCCUUUGGAAUUUCGUGAUACUAUUUGUCAUCGUUACCCACAGUAUUUCAAGGUUGUUGCAACUGGGCUAGGGCCAGCACUGGAAUUGACUCAUUGGGAUCCUGAGCUUGCAGUGUCCGCAGCAGAGCUUGCAGAAGAGGAGAAUAGGGAACGAGAGCUGGAAGAGAGAGAUUUAAUUAUUGAUCGGACUCCGAGGUUCAAUAGAGUCAAGCUACCCAAAGGACUUAAUCUUUCUAAAGGUGAGAUGAGAAGGAUUUGUCAAUUCAGAGAUAUGCCUUAUAUUUCACCAUAUUCUGAUUUUUCAGAGUUGAGAUCUGGUACUCCAGAGAAAGAAAAGCAUGCUUGUGGUGUUGUGCAUGAGAUCUUGAGCCUCACGCUUGAGAAGAGAACACUUGUAGAUCAUCUAACCCAUUUCCGGGAGGAAUUUAGAUUCUCUCAACAGCUCAGGGGGAUGUUGAUAAGGCAUCCGGAUAUGUUCUACGUAUCUCUGAAGGGGGAUAGAGACUCGGUUUUCCUCCGCGAAGCAUAUCAAGAUUCUCAAUUGAUAGAGAAAGACAGGAUGUUGCUCAUUAAGGAGAAGCUUCGCGCGCUUGUGAAUGUUCCAAGAUUCCCCAGGAGAAACGCUCGGAGGAGUGAGUCCGAUGAAGCGGAAGGAAAAGAAACAGAGGAUAGAUCUGGUGAAGAUGAGGAAGAUGAGUGGUCGGACAUUGAAAAUUUAGGAAGUGAUGAAUAUGAUGAUGAUGAUGAAGAUUUUGAGGAUGAAUGGGACAAUGAUGAUGAUGAUGAUGUGCCUCCGGACUUCGGUGAUGAAGAUGACGCAUUGCCUAGUUUAGAACUGAGUAGAUCAUCUGAGCAUGUUAAUGGCUCAACGAAGAAUGAAGAAAAAGUUCUGGCUCCUGUCUUCCCGGAUGGCCGGCCAAGAGAACGCUGGUAGACUAAAAGAUUUUAUAUUCCCAGAUAUAAAAAUUUUCAUAUCAAGGGAUAGUAUGUGCCAUUCGAGACACAUUUAUUACUGUGAAAGGGUCAAUGUUCUUGGUCAGGAUCAGGAGCUCCGGUAUUUCUCAAGACAUCUUAGUUACUGAUCGUGUUUUACAUCUAAGGUGCUACUUAGUAAUAGAUACAUAGUACUUGCUUGUUUUAGUUCUAGCUUCCUUGUAUCAGCUUGUUUAUUUGAUGUGUUACUAUAUAAAAAUUUUAUCCUUAUGAUACAUCUUGAAUGUCAUAGCUCUUCAAAAUUUAAAGAAA